GUUUCCUCAAAUGGUACAAAAAGAUUUUAUGGCAAUGAGUAGAAUGAGAUACAAACAAGAAAACAAAAGUUAUGUGCAUGAUUUGUUGGGCAAAUCUUAAGCCGCCUCUCCCUUUUGCACAAGUGUGUGGCGCUUGGAGCAUACAAAUUUUCACCUUAUUCAAAAUUCUUUCUCAUCAAAACUCUCUUGGGUUCAGCUUUGGAGGCAAUUCCAGAGCCUUCAUGAAUCAGAUGGAAACUUCAAACUUCCCCAAAUUCCUAUUUCUGGAAACUCCUAUUUCCUCAUCUUUACUUCUCCAUUUAAAGCUUCAACGUAUUUUUUCUCAUUUCUUCCCAUUCAUCGCUCUAAACCCUUGUCAAAUUCCACAAAAUACACAGCAGAAGCUAUGUCUUCUACCCUAUAUUUGUCUCCCUCUCUCUCUCCUGUCUGCAAGUUUCAUGAUCAUUCAAGAAAAACCCAUCAGUCUAAAACAUCUAACAAAGAAAACCCAUGUCCUAAAAUUUCUUUAAACACUCAAAUCAGUAAGAGAAAUCCGUUGAGCUCCACUGGUCUUACUCUUCUAGCCGAUGCCUUCUUCAAUGUCUCUGGUUUGGCAAGAGCAGAGCCUGAGAGUCCUAUUGCAUCGGCGUCGAGUCGAUUGUCGUACUCGAGAUUCUUGCAGUAUUUGGAUGAGGGGGCAGUGAAGAAGGUUGAUGUUUUUGAGAAUGGUACGGUUGCCAUUGCUGAGAUUUAUAAUCCUGUGUUGGAUAAGAUUCAGAGGGUUAAGAUUCAGUUGCCUGGGUUGCCAAAAGAAUUGAUAAGAAAGAUGGAGGAAAAGAAUGUGGAUUUUGCAGCUCAUCCUAUGGAGAUCAAUUGGGCGCCUGUAAUUCUUGAUUUGUUGGGAAAUUGGGGUUUUCCAUUGUUGUUGCUUGGUUCGUUGCUGCUUCGAUCAUCUUCUUCAAACUCUCCUGGAGGACCCAACUUGCCAUUUGGUCUUGGAAGGAGCAAGGCCAAAUUCCAGGUGGAACCCAACACAGGAGUUACAUUUGAUGAUGUAGCUGGGGUUGAUGAAGCAAAGCAAGAUUUCCAAGAGAUUGUGGAGUUUUUGAAGACUCCAGAGAAGUUUUCAGCAGUUGGAGCAAGAAUACCAAAAGGGGUUCUCUUAGUUGGGCCACCAGGAACAGGAAAGACUUUGUUGGCUAGAGCCAUUGCAGGGGAAGCUGGAGUUCCUUUCUUCUCUCUCUCUGGUUCUGAGUUCAUAGAGAUGUUCGUUGGGGUUGGGGCCUCAAGAGUGAGAGAUUUAUUCAACAAGGCAAAAGCCAAUUCCCCAUGUUUAGUUUUCAUUGAUGAGAUUGAUGCUGUUGGUAGAAUGAGAGGCACAGGCAUUGGUGGAGGAAACGAUGAAAGAGAGCAGACACUGAAUCAGUUGCUCACUGAAAUGGAUGGUUUUACUGGUAACAGCGGUGUGAUUGUCAUCGCUGCUACAAACCGCCCUGAAAUCCUUGAUUCUGCUUUGCUUCGGCCAGGGAGGUUUGAUAGACAAGUUACUGUGGGGUUGCCCGACGUGAGAGGAAGAGAAGAAAUCCUGAAGGUCCACAGCAACAACAAGAAGCUAGACAGAAACAUAUCACUCAGCGUCAUUGCAAUGAGAACGCCAGGCUUCAGUGGAGCCGAUCUAGCCAACCUGAUGAACGAAGCUGCAAUUUUAGCAGGAAGAAGAGGGAAAGACAAAAUCACACUAAAAGAGAUUGAUGAUUCAAUCGACAGAAUCGUGGCUGGGAUGGAAGGGACCACAAUGACAGAUGGGAAGAGCAAAAUUUUAGUGGCUUACCAUGAAAUUGGCCAUGCAGUUUGCGCGAGCUUGACAGAAGGUCAUGAUCAAGUACAGAAAGUAACUCUAAUUCCAAGAGGACAAGCAAGAGGACUAACAUGGUUCUUGCCUGGAGAAGACCCAACUCUUGUUUCCAAGAAGCAAUUAUUUGCUCGAAUAGUUGGUGGACUUGGAGGCCGAGCAGCUGAGGAUGUGAUCUUCGGGGAGCCAGAGAUCACCACCGGCGCUGCUGGAGAUCUACUACAAGUCACUCAAAUUGCUAGACAGAUGGUAACAACGUUUGGGAUGUCAGAGAUAGGGCCAUGGACAUUGAUAGAUCCAGCAGUACAGAGCAGUGAUGUGGUGAUGAGAAUGCUAGCUCGAAACUCCAUGUCGGAGAAGUUAGCAGAAGACAUAGAUUCAUCGAUACGAAAUAUAAUAGAAAAGGCGUACGAGAUUGCAAAAACUCAUAUUAGAAACAAUCGAGAAGCCAUUGACAAAUUGGUAGAUGUUUUGUUAGAGAAAGAAACAAUCUCAGGAGAUGAAUUUAGAUCAAUUCUUUCAAAGUUCACUGAUAUUCCCUCAGACAAUGGUAUUCAAACAAGUUCUUCUAUACCUCAAUUGGUCGAAGCCUAGAUAUAUCUGUGUACAAGUUAGGUUAUAAAUAUGCUGUGUAUGUAUUACAUAGAAUAAAAGGCAGAAGUAGAGAUCGUAGGACUAAGUUGCUUGUAUAAAUGAAACGUUGCAGCUUUUCAAUCAUUGUUCUUCUUUCUUCA